AAGAAAAUACCAAAGAUCAAUAUGGGGGAUAGCAAUGCAACCAUGGUGACCGAGUUCAUCUUGGUUGGGAUGUCCAAUUACCCCAGGGCUCAGAUGGUGAUGUUUGUGGUUUUCCUCAUAUUCUACAUGGCCACACUCUUUGGUAACACCCUUCUCAUUGUCCUGAUCAUUCUGACUCCUGUUCUGCACACGCCGAUGUACUUUUUCCUCUGCAACCUCUCCUUCUUGGACAUGUUCUACACCACCUGCAGCAUUCCGCAGUUACUAGUCAACUGUUUCUUCCGCCGGCCCACCAUCUCCUACACCAGAUGCUUAACGGAGAUGUACGUCGGUCUCUUUCUUGGCAUAACAGAGUGUUUCUUGCUGGCUGUCAUGGCGUACGACCGCUUUGCUGCCAUUUGCAAUCCCUUGCGUUACAAUGUCAUCAUGAGUUGGAAGGUGUGUUUCCAGUUGGCGGCCAUGUCUUGGGCAGGGGCCUUCGUGCUGACCCUAAUCCCCAGUCAGUUUCAACCAACUCAGUUUUGCGGACACAACAUUAUCAACCACUUCACUUGCGAGAUACAGGCGCUCCUCAAGCUGGCCUGCUCGGACACACGCAAGAUGGAGAUGGUCCUCAUGAUCAACAGUGUUAUUGACCUGGCUGUGCCCUUCAGCUUCAUCUUGGUGACCUACGGGCGCAUCGGCCAAGCCGUUCUACGCAUGCAUUCAGCCAAGGGACGAGGCAAGGCUUUUUCAACCUGUGGGUCCCAUCUGGUGGUGGUCAGCAUCUUCUACGGCUCGGCCAUCUCCAUGUACUUGCGGCCACAAGGCAAGACCUUCUCGGACCAUGACAAAUUUGUCUCCCUGUUUUAUGGAGUGGUGACCCCGAUGCUCAACCCUUUGAUUUACAGCCUUAGAAAUAAAGAUGUGAAAGGAGCUUUUUGGAGACUGCUUGGGAAGAAAAUGUCUGAAUGA